AUGCAAGAGUAUGGAUUUAUACAAUCUCUACCACACCAACAACCUGAUAACUCAAUCAUUUAUCAUAAUAAUCAUCAAGUAGGCUUUAACUCUAAUAAUAUUAAUAAUAAUAUUACGAAUUUUAAUAAUCAAAGUCAAAAUCAUUUUAAAAAUAAUAGCCAAAUGAAUAAUCACCAAAUCGUGAAUAAAUUGGACCCAAAUUCAAUAUUUUAUUCCAACAACAACAAUAAUAAUAAUAAUCAUAUUUCCAGUUCCAAUCCAUCAUCACCAUAUUCAAAUUUUCUUUCCAAUUCAAUUCAACCUUUAGCUUCUUCUGAUUUAAAUCAACCUUUUGAAUUUAAUCACAUUCAACAAGGACAUGAAUUAAAUAACCAAAAAUACGUUCCUCAAAUUCAACAAAAUCAUCAUUUACCAUUCAUUCCUCAAAACAUUGGGUUUCAAAAAAUCCAAGACCAUCUGUCAUCCUUUGCAUCUUUCAACAAAGUAAUGGAAACUUCAAUGGAUGAAUUUUGGGAUGAUCAAUUUGAAAAAUGCAACUUUUACAAUGAUAAAAAGAAUAUUCUUCCUUUGGCUAGAAUAAAGAAAAUUAUGAAAAGUAGUGAUGAAAUGUCUCAAAAAAGUAUGAUAAGUUCAGAAGCUCCGAUUUUAUUGGCAAAAGCAUGUGAAAUAUUUAUACUGGAAAUAACUAAACGUUCAUGGAUGGUAAAAAAUCAAAGAAGAACUUUACAAACUUGUGAUAUUGCUCAAGCAUUAUCUUAUCAUGAAGUUUUUGAUUUUUUGGUUGAUAUAUUCCCAAGGUCCUUGAAUCAAGUUGGCACAACUACCAAAGGAAAUAUUGUAGUGGCUACCAUCUCACCAAAUACUAAAUCCCCUCAACAAACUCCAACAACAAAAAAACAACCAUUGGUUUCAAAUCAGCACCUACCUUCUGCUGCUGCUGCAAUUGUUUAUCCCAAAGCAAGAGUUGGAACAUCUAUGGUAUCACCCUUUUCUUCACCAUUUCCAAAUUCAAACGCAUCCACUCCAGGAAAUCCCUCACCAAAUCAAACAUUUCAACCUUUAUUAUCACCUCCCUCCCCACACCGCCAACAUGUUUCAACAACCAAUUUAAAUCCUCCUUUGGGUAUCAAUCAAUAUCAUGAGGAAUUUAAUCAUUUCCCUUUGCAUUCCUCUGGUACCAAAAAUGACCCUCACCACCAACUUCAACAACAACAACAUGAGGGCGUUUAUGGCUCAAAUCAAGGUACGGUCAUGCAAUCACUUUACUUUUCUUCAUGCUCUACACCACCACCGCCACCAUCAUCCAUUCACAAUAAUUAA